AUGAAGCUCUCCGUCUUCAAUCUCGCUACCUCCCUGCUAUUCUCUUCGACUCUGGUUGGGGCUCAGACGUUUUCCGAUUGUAACCCCAGGCAAGACUCCUGUUCCCCCAAACCGGCAUUUGGGAAAUCAUCAACAUUCGAUUUCACCGAGGGAAAAUCGGAUGCCUUCCAAGAGACCGGAAGUCCCAGUUACGACAGCAAUGGGGCUGCGUUCACGGUUUCCCAGCAGGGCGAUGCGCCCCUGCUGAAUUCGAAAUGGUACAUCAUGUUCGGACACGUUGAAUUCGAGAUCAAGGCCGCUCCGGGGAAGGGAAUUGUUAGCAGCGCAGUAUUACAGUCGGAUGACUUGGAUGAAAUCGACUGGGAAUGGCUUGGCGGCAACAAUGCGCUGGUGCAGAGCAACUAUUUUGGAAAGGGAAACACCGACAGUUUCAACCGUGGAGCGACGCACAACAACCCGGGAAACCACGACGACUUCCAUAAGUACACCAUCGAUUGGACAAGCUCGCAGAUCGUCUGGCAGAUCGAUGGCAAGACGGUUCGGGUUCUCACUCCCGACACGGCGGAGGAAAACCAGUAUCCCCAGACUCCGAUGAUGAUCAGGGUUGGAGUGUGGGCCGGUGGUGACCCCAACAACCCGCAAGGAACUAUUGACUGGGCUGGUGGAGAGGUUGACUACAGCGCUGGCCCCUACACGAUGUAUCUCAAGUCGCUGAAAGUCACGGACUAUUCCACCGGAUCUACGUACUCCUAUGGCGAUAAGAGUGGAUCGUGGGAGUCAAUCCAGGCUGAAGGGGGCAAGGUCAACGGUAACAGUGCGGCCGAGACCUUUUCUAGCGUCCAAUCUGCCCCGUCUGUGACCGCGACGGUUGAUAGCAUUCCCAUUCCUUUCAGUGGUACACACCGCGAAACUUCGAGCUUUGUGACGCCGAACAUCUGGCCCUGGGUUCCGACGCCUACCAAGUCCUCUACAAGGCCCGAGCGGACGUUUCCCGAUGGCUGGACCUCUUCCGGUUCUGGACCCGUCCAGCCGCCCAGCGCGGCUUCUGUGAUCUACUUCCCAAUCUACGCCAGUAUCAUCGCCCUCUUCGCCGGGUUCAGUCUCCCCAUCCGCCUCGCAUUCUGGUCAUGA